AUGACAGGAAGCGUUAGCACUUCGCCAACUCAAGCGACGACGACGCGAAGUUCAUCUCGAGUGAAGUCGACGACGACGGCCGUCAAAGCCGGGAGCGAGACCGAGGACGAAAAGAAGGUGACGGAACCUGCGCUAGACCCAGAGAGUGGGACCGCGUCAGUGCUGCCUGCCGGUAAGAAGUUUAAAGUCAUGGGAUGGGAUCUCGAAAACUUCGGUACAAAGUUCCAAUCUCGUCCCCAAGAGUAUGCAACGGCCGAGAAGCGAAUCGAUGCACACUGGGAAGUUUUGCCUGCACACCCGUUCGAAGGGGAAUACAUCGAACUAGAUUAUUCCGACGAACAUGAGAAGAAACUAGCGGAAGCAAACAAGAAAGAAAUAGAGCGUGAAGAGCGGCAUCGCGAAGAAGCGGAAUAUUGGGAGCGAGAACGCAUCAAGGCUGAAGGACGCCGGAAGCACGAGAUAGACUUGUGCAACGGCUGGCACCCGAAGGGGAUGACAAAGAUGAGGCGUGUUGGGACGCGCAAACGCGAGAAGUAUGAAGACAAGCUGAAGGCUAUCGCACAACACAUGGGCCACGACUGGAAGCGGACAGCGGUUGGAUGGAUUGAGUCGUCAGAUCGAAGUCUGCUCAAGUCGACUUGCAUGUAUGUGUGGAACACAGCGAUGAUCGAUCUCACGGAGGACGAAUACCAUUACCGAAUCCGGGAAAUCAACGCAUCUGCGAUUGGACCCAUUCGAUAA